CUGAGGAGCAGAAGAGAGGGAGGUGAAAAAGAGGAUACCAGAGAAAGAGACAGAAGAGAGAGAGGGGGGAGACAGGGACAACACCUCAUCAAGAAGAAAAGGACAGAGUGAAAGGUUGUAAGCGAUACUGCAUAAACAUGACCUUGGCAGCAUAUCGAGACAAGGUGAAGGAGCUCCCUCUAGUGUCACUUCUGUGCUCCUGCAUCAACUCAAACAAUGCAGAGAAUCCCACAUACAAGGCUGAGGAUGCAGUGGAUCUCAACUGGUGUGUGAUCAAAGACAUGGAGGUCAUUGAGCUGAACAAGCGGGCCUCGGGUCAGGCAUUUGAGGUGAUCCUGAAACCUCCCUCUUUUGACGGUGUGCCUGAGCUUAACACUUCCAUGCCCCAGCGUAAGGACCCCUCCCUGGAGGAGAUCCAGAAGAAACUGGAAGCCGCUGAGGAGAGGCGGAAGUUCCAGGAGGCAGAGAUGUUAAAACAUCUUGCUGAGAAGAGGGAGCAUGAGAGAGAGGUCAUCCAGAAAGCAUUUGAGGAGAACAACAACUUCAUUAAGAAUGCUAAAGAAAAGCUGGAGCAGAAGAUGGAGGCCAUCAAAGAGAACCGUGAGGCAUUGCUUGCUGCCAUGCUGGAGAGACUACAGGAAAAGGACAAACACGCAGAGGAGGUGAGGAAGAACAAAGAGCUAAAAGAGGAGGCCUGCCGGUAGAGCAGCGCCUGCUGCGCAGGACUGAUGUGGUCAAGGGGAAAAGUUAUGGAGAUGAAACUGAUAACUGAAAAAUAAAACAAAAGGUAGCCAAUACACCUCAAAAAGGGGACAUAUUGGACAUUGAUAAUGACAAUUUGCAACACACCAUGCUUUUUUGGAAAGCUACUUAAUGUUAGCAAAAAACAGAAAAAAUAUUGUCUUGAUGGCAAUGCAAGGUGCACUAAGGGAAUGUUGCUUGGUGGAGAACAGGAGGUUGCUUCAGAGCAGAAGAAUGAAUAUACCAAACUGAUCCGUUGAACUGACUUGGAAAGGAGGACUAGAAAUGAAAUCGAUGAAGAGAUGCUUUUUAUAACCUCCAUAUCCAGUAAACAUGAAUGUUUUAACUUAAGCUACAUCUUAAAGUCAUCCUCUUUAUUGUCACAAAAGCAUCUUUUUCCAAAACAUGUGCCAUUUACUGAGGCUUUGGCUCGAGCUUUUUUAAUUAUCGUUUAAUAUUAAUAUUCAAUAAUCAAUAGGGUUUCACAGAACAUGCUUAUACAAUAUGUAUUAUAAAGCAUCGGUAAUCAAAUGGCUUAGAGGUACAAUAUCUAUCACAUUUCCUGCUGUGUUUAUGCAAGGUGAACAUUUUAUAUAAUUAAUAUUAGAUUAUUAGAACAUUCUGGAUGCCUAUAGAUAUGAAAGCUCAUAUUCCUCUCUCACAGUGAGCACAGUGACACUUUAAGCACAACUCAGAAGCACAUUUAGCUUUUACAUUUAUUAUAUUUUAAAGCUUUUAUCAGUAGAUAAACACAUAGUGGCAUCUCAGAAAAUGAAGAAUGGAAGCACUCAGGUGUGAGAUAAAGAUCUGCUUUGUAUUCGGGAAAUAGUUUGAAAGUAUUAGAUAUGAACGGUGCACUUUGCUUUGGCAUGCCACUGAGCUUUACCGUAUAGUCUUGUUUCUUUUAUUUGUUCUAUAUGAAGAUAAAGCAAUUUGAUGUUGGUG